AUGGACGGGCAAGCCCCGAUGGUCGUCCGUGACGCCGUCGUCGACAACGACAACGACCCCCUCGCCCUGACCCUCGGAUCCAUCUACGCCGCCGCUCCCACCCCGCCGCCGAGGCCGCCGCGUCCCUCUCCGCCUCCUCCUUCCCCGCCCACGCGCGCCACCCGCCGCCGUCUCAACAACUCCACCCCCAGCCAGCGUCGCCGAAGCAGCAGCGAGCCGCGGUCCGACGACUCCGCCCCCAGCCAGCGCCGCCGAAGCAGCGAGCCGCAACCCGACAACAACUUCCUCAGCCUCGCGGACGGGAACGGGACGCCGCCGCCGCCGUUCCCGUGGGCGACGGCGCAGCCCGCGCGGCACGACACCCUGGAGAGCCUGCUGCGGCGGGGCAUCACGACCGUCGAGGGCGAGGCCCGGUGCAAGCGCUGCAGCCGCAAGGCCACCGUGGCGUUCGACCUGGAGGCCAAGUUCCGGGAGGUGCGCGAGUUCAUCGCCGCCAACCGCCACUCGUUCGACGACCGCGCCCCGGAGGCGUGGAUGGCAUCCGUGCUCCCCGACUGCGUCGCCUGCGGGCAGAGCCGCUGCCUGUGGCCGGCGAUCCCCGCCGACAAGGGCCAGAUCAACUGGCUCUUCCUCCUGCUGGGCCAGAUGCUGGGAUGCUGCACGCUGGAGCAGCUCAAGUACUUCUGCAAGAACACCGGCCGCCACCGCACCGGCGCCAAGAACCGGGUCCUCUACUACGCCUACCUGGAGAUGUGCAAGCAGCUCGAGCCGCAGGGGCCCUUCGAUGAUACCGUCCCCGUAGGUACUGGCUUCCUGCACACCUGA